AUGUCAAAUCAAUCCCAAUCCGCCUCCUCGGGGCCCUCUACACACCAAUCCCGGCAGCAGCAAUGGCACCCCCUUCCGAGCUAUCACCUCAAGGCGCCCUACGGGUGGAUUAACGACCCAUGCGCGCCCAGCUACGAUGCCGCCACAGGCACAUAUCACGUCUAUUACCAAUGGAAUCCUAAAUCGUGCGACUGGGGAAACAUUGCCUGGGGCCACGCCACCAGCAAAGACGGUCUCCGCUGGGUACAGAGCCCCGGCACAAAUCCGUCUCUGCAGCCCGACCAGCUUUACGAUAAGGAGGGAGUCUUCACAGGAUGCCUCUGGCCAACAGGCCCAUACGGAGAGCCCCAACAGCUAUCUGUCUUUUAUUCAUCGAUCACCAACUUGCCCAUCCAUUGGUCCCUGCCUUACAUCCGUGACAGCGAGGGUUUGGCUCUGGCCACGUCCAAGGACGGGGGCUUGUCGUGGGAGAAGAGCGGGCUAAACCCCAUUCUCAGAGGUGAACCCGAGGGGAUCAAUGUUACAGGAUUUCGGGAUCCAUUUUUGGCGGAGUGGCCUGCCAUGGAUGAGGUUCGCGCUGUUGCAGGCGGCGACGCAAAGAGAAGUCUUUACGGCAUUCUUUCCGGCGGCAUCUUGGGUAAAGGGCCGACUGUUUUUUUAUAUGCAGUCUCUCCAGACGACCUGACCGCGUGGGAAUAUCUCGGUCUCCUCGUCGACAUGGCCGACGGGUUACGCGUGCCAGGGCCGUGGACUGGUGAAUUUGGUGUGAACUGGGAGUGUGUCAAUUUUAUGACCUUGGCCGCCGAGGACGGUACCAACCAUAAGCGAAACUUUCUCCUUAUGGGCGCAGAAGGAUUCAAGCCUGGUUACCAAGACGCCCAUCAAACCGUGGGCCUUUGGAUGGCCGGCACUUUGAGUGCUGUACCAGCAGAACGCGGUUCCAUCACCACCCCUAAAAUGAUACAUGAUUUUGGCGGUAUCUUAGACCACGGCGCCCUGUAUGCACCAAGCUCGUUUGUUCAUCCCGUCACCCGUAAGCGGAUCCUCAUGGGAUGGAUCAAGGAGGAGGAGCUAACGUCGGCCCGGCGCCAUGCCAAAGGCUGGACGGGCCACCUGGCUAUCCCGCGGGAGUUGUUUCUGUACACAACGCCCAGCAAUGUCACUAAGGCAUUAAGGUCGUCUCUCGAGGAUGUUCGGUCGAUGAAACUUAUCGACAAGAGGCCGUCCUCGCAAGGCCAUAUUAGGCACACACAUGCCCUGCAGACGCUGGGCGUUCGGCCAUUUUCUGGAGUCCGCUCGUUGGCUCAGACAGCACCCAUGGUGUGGGAAGAUAUCUCCAGCGACCACGGCGCCGCAGCAGCAGGAAGCAGGUUACUAGACGAAACACCUUCAACGAGCUGGGAGUUGGAGGCCGUCAUCAAUGUUGACUCCAGCCACGGGCGAAUUGGCUUCUCAAUUUGCCAGCCAAGUAGAGAUGGCGCUCAUGAUAGCUUCCAAGGAACAGACAUAUUUUUCGACGCAGAAAGGGAGCAAAUCGUUGUCGACAAGACCCAGUCCAACCUGGAGGAAGAUAUCGCGAAGGAUAUCUUGCAUGGGUCAUUUACACUCUUUUACCACGAGCAGCCCUCCACCUCGGCCUCUCCAAUUGAACAACUAGAAAAGCUACGCCUCCGCAUCUUCCGCGACGGUGACACGCUUGAAGUCUUUGCCAAUGACCGCUUCACCCUUGCCACAACCGUCUACGUUGACACCACCUGCAGGGCCAUUCGCUGCUUCGCCGAGGGCGUCACCGCACCUACUGCAUUCGAGUCGAUUCGGCUGUGGGAUUACGCUGUGGGUGCCCAAAAGUCUGUGUCGGUCCUCUGA